GCCAUUAGGGCAUUAAUGAAUGUGGUUUAUGAAGAUGAAGUAGGAGAGUGAACACAAGUUUAUGCACAAAACAGUUUACCGUUGAUAAAUUCUACUUCAGUAAGGAGAGAAGACAAGAUGGCAGAGUCAAAACGUGAGGUCUGCUCAGAAGGAACAGAGGAAAUGGUGGAGGCCCUAAAUGACCUCCCUGGUACAGAGGACCUAGACGAUCUAUCUCUACCGGCCCCUCCCAAACCAUUCAAAGAUUUCUACCAAGGAGGGUCAGUUGACAUUAUACACCCUGAUGAUAUUGCUGUGAACUGGGAUGAUCUCAUAGGACUUACCAAUGCCAAACUGAUAUUGAAAGAACACCUGAUGAUGCCGUUAAAGUUCCCACAUCUCUUUAAAGGAUGUGCCAUAAAAAAUAUGUUAUUGUACGGGCCCCCAGGAUGUGGUAAGUCCAUGCUGAUGAAAGCUCUGGCGAGGGAGUCUCGUGCCUGUCUGAUGAUUGUCAACUCUUACUCCAUCAUGUCAAGGAUGGUCACCGAUCAGGCACAGUUCAUGAGGGCAGUAUUUGCCUGCGCUACAGCCAACCAACCUUGUAUUGUGUUGAUGGAAGACAUUGAGGUGUUUGUUGAAGAUGAGUACACAGAGGCGAGAGAUGUCCUAUUUCAGCUCAUGUGUACAAAGGCGAUUGAUUCCAUCCCGAUCAUCGCCAUGACGAGAUUUCCAUGGUUACUCUACAAAGAAAUGAGACUAAAAAGGAGUUUCCCGACCCCAGUGUAUGUCCCAAUGCCAGACGAGGCCAGUCGCAAUGUGCUAUUCAAAAUGCAUCUAAAUCUUGAAUCUUCUGUCACUGAGGAGGACUUUGAGGAAUUAGUGAAACAUACUGAAGGGUACACAGUAUCAGAUAUGCUUGUUGUGGUGAGAGACGCCCUCAUGGAGCCCGUACGAGAAAUACAACGGGCUACACAUUUCAGGCUGGAGAGACACCAGUCUGUGGACCAACCAGAUGAGAUGAUUGACAUGGAGACUGCUUGUUCAUCCUCGGCUCCAGGAGCAAAGAGUAAAAGUUUGGCUGACAUUCUACCAAAUGACCUAUAUGUAAAACCAAUGACAAUAGACAACAUACACAACUGUUUGUCAAGGUGUAAGCCAUGCAUGAAAUCGGACGAAUUAGAACAAUACACAAAAUUCAAUGAGGAAAGCAGUACAUAGUGAUGGUUUACAUCUCUGGGGACAAUGAAUCAUGGAGCUGGCAUAGUUCUACGAGAUGAUGGACCAAAGAGUUAGCUUGGUCAAAUACAAUGAUGGACCAUAAAGCUGGCAUGAUUCUUUGAGGAUGACAGAUUGAAGAUCUGGGCUGACUUGGUUUAGUGAUGAAUACAGAUCUUGGAGCCAGCAUGACAUAGAACUGGCAUGGACCAAUUGUCUAACGUUAUAGCUUGUUAGAGCUUGUUCAUUGUUCAAAGAAGAAAUAAAUCUAGAACUGACUUGAUUAAUACAGACUACACAUUAUUGUAAUGGCUAGGUUCAAUUUCUACACCAACAGACUCACGUGUGCUUUGUCCUCGGUAUAGUAUUUUCUGUCUUGCAUAAUAACUACCUGCUGUUGACAAAUAUAACAAUCAAUGCGUUCCCAAUGUGUUCCAGUAAUGUCUGAUGUCAGUAUCUUCUACCUGCUAUUGUAGCCCACACUUAAAGCCUGUAGUCUAAGGGGCCUAAAUCAAACAUUCUCAGGACGUUAAUAAAUAAGUGUAUUUAGCCUGUAAUAAGCCCAGGGGCCAACACAUAAUCUCUCACUCAAAGUGGGGGAUAGGCUUAUUACCAGGCAUGGUCUUAUUGCUGGGUAAAUGUGAUGCUGAAAUGUAUUUGUCUUGUAUUGAACAAGCUUAUAUAGUCUGUUUUCUGCUCAUUAGUAGCAGGUGCUGUUACAUCUUGUAUUUUCUGCAAUUUUUCAUUCUUAAGAAAGAUAUCCAGCACUAUAUGGAAUUUUCUUUUAAUAUCAUUAAUACCAUCAAUGAAAUCAAAUUCAAAUAGAAGUGCCAGAAUGUUUUUAAAAAUAAUCAGGUGAGUUUGAGGGCAUACUUUUCAACCUUUCAAAUUUUCAUUAACUCAUUUACCCCUACAUAUUUUAACUGGACUUGCCCAGUCUUUAAUUUGAUAAGGUUCA